AGUUCCGACCCACAGCCUGGCACCCUUCGGCGAGCGCUGUUUGUUUAGGGCUCGGUGAGUCCAAUCAGGAGCGCAGGCUGCAGUUUUCCGGCAGAGCAGUAAGAGGCGCCUCCUCUCUCCUUUUUAUUCACCAGCAGCGCGGCGCAGACCCCGGACUCGCGCUCGCCUGCUGGCGCCCUCGGCCUGUCUCCGCGCCUGGGAGCACCCUCCGCCGCCGCCGUUCUCCAAGCGCAGCGACAGCCCGAGGACCUAGACGUCAGCUUGGAGCGGCGCGGGACCGUGGAUGGCCUUGACUGACGGCGGCUGGUGCCUGCCGAAGCGCUUCGGGGCCGCGACUGCGGACACCGGCGACUCCGGAGCCUUUCCAGCGCGGGAGCCCUCCACGCCACCUUCCCCCAUCUCUUCCUCGUCCUCCUCCUGCUCCCGGGGAGGGGAGCGGGGUCCCGGCGGCGCCAGCAACUGCGGAACGCCUCAGCUCGACGCGGAGGCAGCUGCAGGACCCCCGGCCCGCUCGCUGCUGCUCAGCUCCUACGCUUCGCAUCCCUUCGGGGCUCCCCACGGACCUUCGGCGCCUGGGGUCGCCGGCCCUGGGGGCAACCUGUCGAACUGGGAGGACCUGCUGCUGUUCACUGACCUCGAUCAGGCCGCGACCGCCAGUAAGCUGCUGUGGUCCAGCCGCGGCGCCAAGCUGAGCCCCUUCGCACCCGAGCAGCCGGAGGAGAUGUACCAGACCCUUGCAGCCCUCUCCAGCCAGGGUCCGGCCGCCUACGACGGCGCGCCAGGCGGCUUCGUGCACUCUGCGGCCGCGGCGGCAGCAGCCGCGGCGGCGGCCAGCUCCCCGGUCUACGUGCCCACCACCCGCGUGGGCUCCAUGCUGCCCGGCCUGCCGUACCACUUGCAGGGCUCCGGCAGCGGGCCAGCUAGCCACGCAGGCGGCGCGGGCGGGCACCCCGGCUGGCCCCAGGCCUCGGCCGACAGCCCCCCAUAUGGCGGCGGAGGCGGCGCGGCGGGCGGCGGGGCUGCGGGGCCUGGCGGCGCUGGCUCGGCCGCGGCGCACGUCUCGGCGCGCUUCCCCUACUCGCCCAGCCCGCCCAUGGCCAACGGCGCCGCGCGGGAGCCGGGAGGCUACGCGGCGGCCAGCAGCGGGGGCGCGGGAGGCGUGAGCGGCGGCGGCGGCAGCCUGGCGGCCAUGGGCGGCCGCGAGCACCAGUACAGCUCGCUGUCGGCGGCGCGACCGCUGAACGGGACGUACCACCACCAUCACCACCACCAUCCGAGCCCCUACUCGCCCUACGUGGGGGCUCCGCUGACGCCCGCCUGGCCCGCCGGACCCUUCGAAACCCCGGUGCUGCACAGCCUGCAGAGCCGUGCCGGAGCCCCGCUCCCGGUGCCCCGGGGCCCUAGCGCAGACUUGCUGGAGGACCUGUCCGAGAGCCGCGAGUGCGUGAACUGCGGCUCCAUCCAGACGCCGCUGUGGCGGCGGGACGGCACCGGCCACUACCUGUGCAACGCCUGCGGGCUCUACAGCAAGAUGAACGGCCUCAGCCGGCCCCUCAUUAAGCCACAGAAGCGCGUGCCUUCAUCACGGCGGCUUGGAUUGUCCUGUGCCAACUGUCACACCACAACUACCACCUUGUGGCGCAGAAAUGCUGAGGGGGAGCCCGUGUGCAAUGCUUGUGGACUCUACAUGAAACUCCAUGGGGUGCCCAGACCACUUGCUAUGAAAAAAGAAGGAAUUCAAACCAGGAAACGAAAACCUAAAAACAUAAAUAAAUCAAAGACUUGCUCUGGUAAUAGCAAUAAUUCCAUUCCUAUGACUCCAACUUCCACCUCUUCUAACUCAGAUGAUUGCAGCAAAAAUACUUCCCCUACAACACAACCUACAGCCUCAGGGGCGAGUGCCCCGGUGAUGACUGGCGCGGGAGAGAGCACUAAUCCCGAGAACAGCGAGCUCAAGUAUUCUGGUCAAGAUGGGCUCUACAUAGGCGUCAGUCUGGCCUCGCCGGCCGAAGUCACAUCCUCCGUGCGACAGGAUUCCUGGUGCGCCCUGGCCCUGGCCUGAGCCCACGCCAGCCAGGAGGCAGGAGGGCUCCGCCGUGGGCCGCGCUCCACUCGUGUCUGCUUUGUGCAGCAGUCCAGACAGUGGCGACUGCGCUGACAGAACGUGAUUCUCGUGCCUUUAUUUUGAAAGAGAUGUUUUCCCCAAGAGGCUUGCUGAAGAGUGAGAGGAGAUGGAAGGGAAGGGCCAGUGCAACGGGGCGCGUCGCCUCCCCUUCUGGCCAGGGCCACUCCAGCCAGCCCGCCUCGGGGGGCGGACCCUGCUCCACUUCCAGAAGCCGGGACUGGGACCCGGGCCUUGCUUGCUAAGGAAUAUUGAGAGAGAUUUUUAAAAAAGAUUUCGCAUUUUGUCCAAAAUCAUGUGCUUCUUCUGAUCAAUUUCGGUUGUUCCAGAAUUUCUUCAUACCUUUUCCACAUCCAGAUUUCACGUGCGUUCAUGGAGAAGAUCACUUGAGGCCAUUUGGUACACAUCUCUGGAGGCCGAGUUGGUUCAUGAGGUCUCUUGUCAAAAAUAUCACUCAGUUUGCAAGACUGCAUUGUAACUUUAACACACACUGUGACUGACAUUUCUCAAAGUUCAUAUUGCGUGGCUGAUCUGAAGUCAGUCGGAAUUUGUAAACAGGGUAGCAAACAAGAUAUUUUUCUUCCAUGUAUACAAUAAUUUUUUUAAAAAGUGCAAUUUGCGUUGCAGCAAUCAGUGUUAAAUCAUUUGCAUAAGAUUUAACAGCAUUUUUUAUAAUGAAUGUAAACAUUUUAACUUAAUGGUACUUAAAAUAAUUUAAAAGAAAAAUGUUAACUUAGACAUUCUUAUGCUUCUUUUACAACUACAUCCCAUUUCUAUAUUUCCAAUUGUUAAAGGAAAAAUAUUUCAAGAACAAAUCUUCUCUCAGGAAAAUUGCCUUUCUCUAUUUGUUAAGAAUUUUUAUACAAGAACACCAAUAUACUCCCUUUAUUUUACUGUGGAAUAUGUGCUGGAAAAAUUGCAACAAAACUUUACUACCUAACGGAUAGCAUUUGUAAAUACUCUAGGUAUCUGUAAACACUCUGAUGAAGUCUGUAUAGUGUGACUAACCCACAGGCAGGUUGGUUUACAUUAAUUCUUUUGGAAUGGGAUGUCCUAUGGAAACCUAUUUCACCAGAGUUUUAAAAAUAAAAAGGGUAUUGUUUUGUCUUCUGUA